AUGAGCGUUCGGAUUCUGUGCGUUCAGUGCGAUAGCAAUCGGCUGCGACAGGAGUUGGGACAGCUCGAUCUGGACGUCGUGUAUUCCAUCGCGCUGUGCUGUUUGAUGUUGGAGGUGAAUUUGGGCUGUGCGAGCAAAGGAAACGACGCGCUUUGGAAGAAGCACGAUUUGAAGGUGAAGAAUGACUACACUCCCGCGUUGUUUAUGUGGAUCGAUUGCCUCCUGGACGCGAAUACAACCCGGAUUAUCUUCGAUAUGAAGUCCAAUCCGCGAUUUGUGGAUCUGCUGGGCAUUCUGCGAACGAUCACAGAGCGAGACGGAAAGAUCUACACGGACUUGCUGCCCUUGAAGGGCGUAAUGAAGCAUUUGGAACGCCAUCUGCCGCUGCCGGUGACUGCCCAGCCGAUUUACUCGAUUGAGAAACUGAAUUUUUGAUCUUUUAUUG